AUGGCCCACAAUUUACGGUCGAAAGACAAAGGCAUGAAAGAAGGUGUUGAGGAGAUAACGUUGGAUCCCGUGCAGGCAACUCAAAUUCGGAUUAUGAUGGAAGCAGCAGAAAAGGAUGAACGACGCAGAGAACAAGCAGCUGAAAGAGCUGAAAGACGAGCAGAAGAAGCUGACAUACAGUUGAGGAGUCAGAAUAUUAAUGCUCAGCAAGGAGACCAUACUGCUAGUAUAAUCCGUAGAAUCAGUCCAAUGUUAGGAAUGUGUCCUAUGGAUCCCCGUGAAAUUGCAGCAUAUUUUCAGAGGAUCGAAGGAAUAUUUGACAGCUAUCGAGUUAGUGAGGAAUUGCGAGCAGAUCUGUUACUGGCUAAUUUGGAAACGAAGAUGAAGACAGUACUAAAUGAGAUUAAAACUGAUGAUUAUCUAAAUUAUGAAGUAAUCAAGCAACAGAUCAUACGUUAUUGUCGUUUUUGUCCGAUGAAACUCCGCUAUGAAUUCUUUUUGGCUCGGAAGGCACAUGAUGAGACAUAUCCUGCAUUUGCAUCGAGACUACAUCAAAAUCUCCGAUUCUAUUUACAAAGUCGGAAGGUUGAAACGUUGGAUCAAGCACUUUCAUUGCUAGUCGUGGACCGAAUGAAGGAAUUGUUGCCAAAAAACUUGUUGGAACUUGCAUUAGCUCAGGAAGGUGAGGAAUGGUUAACCCACGAACGUCUGGCCAAUGUUGUGGAGAUAUAUGAGGCCAACAUGAACAUGAGACUGUCUAGUAAUGUAGCCCCAGGCUAUAAACCACUCCAAACGGCUGUACGUCCCGGAACAGAUCCCAAAUGGCUCAACAAAGAGGUUGUAAAAGGAUCAAUAUCAAAGGUAGGUUGUUAUCACUGUGGUAGUCGGGGACAUCUUGCUAAAUUUUGUACCCAGAAAACAAAUCAUAACCCCAUCAAGAAGCUCAUGAAAUGCCAGGUCACUGCUAUGUCUCAGGCCACAAAGGAGUUGCAAAAACCAAGUAUUACUCCUGGGACCAUACAGGCUGAAAAAUACUUCAAAAGACCAUUUGUUCAGGUUAAAAUUCAAGCUGGUCCAACCUGUGCAGCAUUGGUAGAUAGUGGAGCAGAAGUAUGUGGAAUCUCUCCGGACUUAUGUCACAAGUUAAACAUACCCAGAGGGGUACGUUUGAGGAUCAAGGGAUGGAAUGGACCAACAACAGAAGUAGAUGGUGCAUGGGUAAUGAUGGCCUAUAACCCUAAAGAAGGCGAAAGUAUUGCCCCCGCUGUACGAGUAUGGUGUGCAGUGGUACCUAAUGCCAGCAAACAGUUAAUUAUUACACCCAAGUUGGGGAAUGAGUGCACCUUGACGUUCUACAACCCUGAUAGCCUCCAGAUACCAUGUCAGGAGAGGUGUGGACGAUCUGAUAGGCGUGAUAGUGUUGAUGCAGCCAAACGUCGUGUCAGUGAAAAUGAUGAUAAGUGUAAUGAUGAAAGCAUUGUUAGAUCACAUGAGGUUAACAAAGCUGGUACACAUACAGUUCACAACAAUAAUAGUAAUAACAAUAAAAGUAAUGUUGGACGAUAUGAAGUAGCUCACAACAGUAGCAACGACCACAGCAACGCCAGUGGUAAAUUGAUAUCUAACAACAGUGGUAGUGAAAGUACUUCCCACAAUGGCAACGACAGCAAUAGCAGCGACGACAAUAUUGGCAGUAAAGGUACUCACAACAACAAUGGUGAUAAUACGAAGAUCAAUGUUAGAUUGGAAGUAGCUUACAAUAACUACGACAUUAAUAAUGGUAAAAUAGAUGGCAGCAGUAUGUUAGAUAAGGUUGGGAAUGAACUAGUUAAUGAAAAUAAUAAUUGUAAAAUAGAUGGCAGUGGUAUUGUAGAUAUAGUUGAUGAUCAUGAGGUUGAUGAGGAGAAAGAUGAUGAAGUCAGUGGAAUUAAUAAUUGUAAUUUGAAUGCCAGCAGUGUUGAUGGUGAUGAGGAUCACGACGUUGAUGGUGAGGAGGAUGAGAAGAUGGAAUGUAAUGUUGGUAAUGUUGAUCAGGCAGAUGAUGCUGGUAACGUUGGUAAGUCGGAUGAAGCAGAUAAGGUAGAUGGUGUUGGAGAUGUGGUUCGGUCAGGGGAAGCAAGGGUUGGUAGCGAUGAUGGUCGAUUAGUCGACGAUGAAGAGGCGGAUGUUCAUGAUAAUGAUGGUGGUUAG